CAACACUAACGAACCCCUUAGGAACCGCGGCGGCUGUUUAAAGGCGGCCUGAGGCCGGGGCUGCGCUGCUUUGCCGGUCCCUCUGUCAUCGCCGCUUGGCUCUGCCUCAUCUCCCCUGCCCUCCCUCAGGAACAAGAUGCCUAAUGUUCAGGAUGCCACCUUUAGUGACUGCAGUGACUCUCAAAAAGGCACAGAGUGUAAUGCUGGAAAAGCAAGGGAACAUGAAAAUAGUGAUGGUGGAGACAUUCCGAAUCUUUGUCCGCCUGAGAUGCCAUCUUCUAGCCUUCCUCAACUUUUUUCUAUGCCAGAACUGAUAGAAACAGCCAACGAAGUCUCAAAAAUGACCAUUGCACAUGAAAUCAUAGUAAAUCAGGAGUUCAAGUUGCAAGAAGUGAACUUUGCUCCAAACAGUUUGGAAAACAGAGUGAAAGAGACAUUGCACAAAGCAUUUUGGGACAAUCUGAGAGAACAGCUUUCUAAAAGUCCGCCAGAUUAUUCCCAUGCUGUCAAAUUACUUCAAGAGAUCAAAGAGGCACUGCUGUCACUGCUUUUACCCCAGCAAACCCGUCUGCAGAGUCAAAUUGAAGAAGCUCUGGACAUGGAAUUGAUAAAGCAAGAAGCUGAACAUGGGGCUUUGGACAUUGCCAACCUCACCACUUACGUCCUAGAUACAAUGGCAAUGCUUUGUGCACCUGUUCGAGAUGAGGAACUACAGAGGCUACGAGUGAUAGCAGAUCCAGUGUAUUUGCUCAGAGAGAUCUUGCAUAUUCUGGACUUAAUGAAAAUGGAUAUGGUGAAUUUUACCAUUUGGACCCUUCGACCACAUCUCCAGGAGCACUCAGUCCAAUAUGAGAGGACAAAAUUUCAAGAGCUCCUGAACAAACUACCAGGGGGCCUAGUUUGCACAACAGACUGGCUGCGCAAAGCAGCAGCUGAAGUAUCAUCAUUUGAUUUGCUGUCCACCUCAUCCACCUCUGAGAUCAAUGGAUCACCUAUUUCCUCUUGCCCCACGGCUGACAGAAAUGUCUCAUCUAUCCCUAGUCCUACAGCUGUGCUAAACCAGGCAUACAUGAAUUUGUUGCAUUGGGAUUUUGGAAAAAAUGACUAUCCUGAGACAGUGUUGAUGGACAAAGCUCGUUUGCAUGCCCUUCAGGCAGAAGUAAGUCAGCUAACCAUUAUUGCUGCAGUUCUGCUAGUGAGCAACAGUACAUGUGGAAGUAGGGUGUUCAGCACAGCAGGAUAUGGAGAUAGGCUGAAACAGAUAACAAAAGCCCUUCUAGUAGGAGUUCCUGAUACGAGGUUAGAAGAUGCUUUACUGGACAUCAGCAAUCAAAUACAUCAGGAAAUAAAUAGAAUACUCCAUCAGUUGGGGUAUCCUGCUCUUACAGCUGACAAUUCUGCUGUGCUUAAAGGCCAAUUAAAGAGCCUUGUAGAUAAGGAUAAUGCAGUGCGGAUUCUAAUUGAGCAGCGGAUCCAAACUUUCCUGAGGCAUUGUUUGGCUCCUGGUGGCAAGAUCUCUAAGAAUCUACCCCAUGGACUUGCUCCUAUUCAGGAAGAACUACUGGAUGUUGGCCAGAGGUUUGGUAAUUUGAUUAAUCACAACAGACAGGUGUUUGGUCCCUACUACUCAGGGAUAUUGAAGAAACUGCUGCUUCCUCAGGGAAUGGCUAAUCCAGGUACUGUUUCCUGUUAACUAUCUCAGAUGAGCAGAGCACAUGACGGCAGGGAGAGGGGAGAUGACACCUGGCAAUUGCUCAAACUGUAUGGCAGUUCAAAGUCCAGUGUGACCAACAGAACAGCUGUCCUGCACUGUGAUAUGGGAUCUAGCACACUUGUGCAGCUGGACUAUUGAAGAUGAAGUGCACAGUUACACAAACACCAACUGACAAUGCCACGUUUGCUGCAGUAAACCUUUAAACAGCUCAAAAUGUUGUUUUUGUCAUUUAGACCAGCUGAUGCAUAUUCUGAGGAAGGUAAGACUUGGUUCCUGGAAGAAGUCUUAACUGAUUUCAAAGGAAUGUAUUAACAACCAUGACUCAUACCAAAGAAACUCAUACAGAGAUAUCUAAUUUUAUUAAUUUAGUCUGUUCUAAGUCAUACAAUUAUGAAAAACAAACAAACAACAAAACGACUGCUGGAAGCCCAGGAAUAUUUACAAUCUCGCCUUGUUGUAGUGAGGUCAGUCUAUGUUGUUGCACAGAUUGGUUAUGUUUGGUACCACAAAAAAAGAUUAACAGUUUUUAUAUACAGGAAAUAAAAAGGAAUCAUUCAAGUAUCAAAAUACAAAGACAGAUUAAAUAACAUUUUUAUUACAAAUCAGUCCCACUGCCAUACAUCACAAUUAUUUUAAAAAUGUCUACACUGUAAACCAAACUGCCUGUUGCCAAGAAUCUACUUGCCCUCUUGAGGUGUAAGCAUGGCAGAAAAUCUUGAUACAACAUUCAUACUGAUCAUGCAAAAGGAGACAAUGAGUGAGUGAAAUAUAAUUCAACCCAUUUUAAUUUCACAUGUGAAGUUUCUUUCAAAAGUGAGGUACCAUUAGAUAUCUGGUCUGCAGGAACAGCACAGCUUACCACCUGCGUCUACUCUAAAAUCUGUCUCCUGGAGGGGGCAGGGUACAAUUGUCAUGUACCUUAAAUUCAAAUAAGAAUUUCCUCUCAAGCUAAGGAUAUCUAGAGGUUAAUUUGUAUGAGUCAAAAUAAUAUAUAACCCAUACAGAAGAAAGAGAUAAUAUGAACUUGAAAUAAGCAGCUACUCCUUAGCAUCUAGAACAGUGGUUCUCAACCUUAGGUGACCCAGGUGUUCUUGCACUGCAACUCCCAGGAGGCCUGGCCAGCACAGCUAGUAGUGAAGACUUUUGGGAAUUGUGGUCCAAGAACACCUGGGUAACCUGGAUUGGCAACCACUGAUUUAGAGUGUUAUUCUAGAGCACAACAAGACAAGUGUAAGUUUGCUAAUGGCAAGAUUUGUUUUUGAAAAGGAGAAUAUAUGGAGCACUGGAACAAGCAGCUCAAAUAUAUGAUACCAUUUCUGUAUAGGCUGGUACUAGGAAACAAACAAGAUUUUAAAAUCAAGAUCUAAAACAUAUUCAGUGCCAGGAAUUUACGGCACAUUUCUCAUUAUACAAACUCCACAAAGAGGCAGAAACUCCAAAUACUGCAGAAGCAUCCAAACUGAUUAGAGCCUGGAAAUAAGUGAAAUUCCUAGGAAA